AUGGCGUCCAUUCCGCCAACAACCUCUUCGGAGUCCUUUCAAAUUAUAUCUUCUCUGCGUUAUGACCCGGCGAUUCCGCGUGCGAUCGGUGAAAGAACUGCAGAACCCCAUCUUCUAGCUACACCGUACUACCUUCUACCUUACCACCAGGAUCGGCUCCUUAACGCGGCGAUCUGUUUCAAUUGGGCAAAAGCUAUUGAGUUUCUACAUCAAGAUUUGGGCCAGUUUACUAGAAUUCUAGACACAUUCAUACCGGACAAAUCGGAGUCAUGGCGCCUUCGUAUUGUUGUUGACAGCAAUGGAGCGUGCAAGGUCGAAGCCAACCCGACAGUAUCAAUGGACCUCCAAAACCUUCUCUGCCCUACUCAAGAGGUUUCCCAGUCAAACACGUGGCGUGUAUAUGUUGACUCAGAGCCUACGACCCCUUCGGACUUUACUACGCAUAAGACUACUGCGCGUGGGGACUAUACAGCCGCGAGGCAUCGGUCCGGGAUCCUUUCACUCCAAGAGCAGGCAGAGGUGCUUGUAAUAAAUCCAAAGGGCGAAGUCAUGGAAGGGAGUAUCACAACCCCAUACUUCAGGCGGCGCAGGCAUGGAUCUGAGAAGGAUGACACGAACAGAGACGAGCCAGGAUGGGUCACACCACCGCUCUCAAGUGGUGGCAAUGCAGGCACAACUAGGCGAUACGCCCUGACAGAAGGAUUUUGCACGGAGGAGGUGAUCGCAGUGGCUGAUUUAGUAGAUGGUGAAGAGUGUUGGCUUAGUAACGGUGUUCGAGGCUUUAUACCCGGUAGGAUUGUAUUGAUGGACCCGAAAGGGUCCGAAAGGGUCCACUUCCACGGUAAUACAUAG